AUGGGUGAAUCAAGACAAGAGCUGCUGGCAUGGUUGAACAACCUGCUGCAGUUGAACAUUACCAAGAUCGAGCAGUGUGGAACCGGUGCUGCACUAUGCCAGAUCUUUGACUCCAUAUUCAUGGAUGUGCCCAUGUCCCGGGUCAAGUUCAACGUCAACACUGAAUAUGCCUACCUCCAAAACUUCAAGGUCCUCCAGAACGUCUUUACCAAGCACGCCGUCGAGAAGCCCAUUCCCGUUCAGUCCCUUAGCAAGUGCCGCAUGCAGGAUAACCUCGAAUUCCUUCAGUGGACCAAGCGAUACUGGGACCAGCACUACCCCGGCGGUGACUACGACGCCGUAAGUCGCCGGAAAGCGUCCGGGGCUCCCACCGGUGCCCCCGCUGCGCGUACCGUCUCGGCUGGCUCGCGACACGGAUCGACCCCGACCACUAAUGCUGCCCGCGCUCCCCGGGUUGCCGCUGCGCCUGGCGGCGCUGCCACUUCUGCUCUGCAGCAGGAGAUUGUGACACAGAAGGAGGCAAUUGCCGGACUCGAGAAGGAGCGGGAUUUCUACUUUGCCAAGCUGCGCGACAUCGAAUUGCUACUGCAGAGCGCCAUUGAGGCGGAUCCGGAGCUGGAGAAGGAGGAAGACUCACUUGUGAAGCACAUCCAGGGAAUUCUGUACUCGACUGAGGACGGAUUCGAGAUUCCGGCGGAGGGCGAGGAGGUCGUGGCCGACGACCUGGAGACGUUCUAA